UUUAGAAAGGAAAAUAUUUAUUUGCAUCGAAAUUAAUAUGCAACGCCAAGCUACCUCCAUGAAGAGAAAUCUCUUCAAUCAGGAAUACCUAGAUGAACAAUUUAAUGAGCUGGAAGAACUGCAAGAUGAUGAUAACCAUAACUUUGUGGAGGAAGUUGUUAACCUAUUUUUCACGGAUUCAGUUAGAUUGAUCCGUAAUGUUGACCUUGCUCUGGAAAAUAGACCUUACGAUUUUGGUAGGCUGGAUGAUUUGAUGCACCAAUUCAAGGGUAGCAGCUCAAGGUUUGAAAGCAUCCCUUAUUCCAUCAACAAUUCAAUCAAUGAGACUUGUUUUCCUUCCUAAAGGAAGUUAGUUGGAGCCGGUAGAAAUGAUUGACUGAAGAUAGAGAGAUCACCUCCAUUUUUCGAAUAGUAACACGGUAAAAUCAAAGAUUUGAUUCACUAGUAUAGAAAGCUUACUGAAGUCCAAGGUAAGAAAGAAGCGUCAUGUCUAGAGGUCGAAGAAGCUCCAACUCCCACAAUAUAAAUGAGACGAUGCCUUUAAAAUAAUGAACAUAUAGGUGUUAUUGAACUCAAUCAGGAGGAUUAGCUAGGAAAUGAAAUUUUCCUU